CAACACUCGGCUGUUACACCAUAGUUUGAAAUUUCAAAGUAACAACCACACUGCAUUCUUUCCACUACUACCCCUUCGCUUCGUUGCCGUUUGCCAUGGAUAUUAGGUUUUCCUUCCCUUACUCUCCGGCGGAAACCGCAAAGGUCCGAGCGCUUCGCUUCCAAAUUCUCAGCCCCGACGAUAUUAGGCGAAUGUCUGUGGUUGAAAUCGAGCAUGGGAUUGAGAACCCAAAGGUUGGAGGGUUAAGCGAUCCGCGCCUUGGAACCGUUCAUAAGAACAUCGAUUGUGACACGUGUGGGGCUGAUAUGGAUCACUGCCCGGGGCAUUUCGGUCACUUGGAGCUCGCUAAGCCAGUGUUUCACGUCGGUUUAUUGAAUACUGUCCUCGCUGUAAUGCGUUGCGUCUGCUUCAACUGUUCCAAAAUUUUAUCCGGUCAGAACAACAAAGAGUUUAAGCAAGCUUUGAAGAUUACAAACCCAAAAAGUAGGUUGGAAAUGAUGGUGAAUGCCUGCAAAAACAAAAGCUUUUGUGAAGGUGAUGACGGAGAUUUUGAGGAUCCUAUUAGAGAGGGUCAUGAUGGCUGUGGUGCUCGGCAGCCCAAGUUAACUAUUAACGGUAUGAAGAUGAUUGCGGAGCAUAAAAUUCCGAGGAAGAAAGAGAUUCUUUCUGCUGAGAAGGUUCUUGAUAUUCUAAAGGGGAUAAGUGAUGAGGACUGCCAGUUGCUGGGCUUGAAUACUCAGUAUGUACGUCCUGAAUGGAUGAUUUUGCAAGUUCUUCCAAUUCCUCCUCCAUCCGUGAGACCUUCUGUUAUGAUCGACGCAUCCUCUAGGAUUGAGGACGACUUAACUCAUCAGUUGGUCAGGAUUAUCAGGUCCAAUAAGAAUUUGAAGUCACAUGAGAGUAAUGGAUCACCUGCGCGUGUUAUUUCUAAGUUUGCUCAGUUGUUGGAGUUUCACAUUGCCACUUAUUUUGAUAGUGCGUUGCCUGGGCUCCCGAGAGCUGCUAAAAAAAGGCCUAUCAAAUCAAUAUGUAGCAGGCAUAAAGAAGAUGAUGGUCAGAUUAGAGGAAUGUUGGGGAAAAGAGUUGAUUUUUCUGCUCGAACACUAAUUACACCAGACCCCAACAUUAAUAUUGAUGAAGUGGGAGUACCACGGAGUAUUGCUUUGAACCUUACAUACCCAGAGACUGUAACUCCAUAUAACAUCACAAGGUUGAAAGAACUUGUAGAGUAUGGACCUGAUCCUCCACCUGGGAAAACUGGUGCCAAAUACAUCAUUCGUGAUAAUGGGCAAAGGCUUGAUCUCAGAUAUUUGGAGAAAAGUAGCGAUCUCCAUUUGGAGAUUGGAUACAAGGUAGAACGUCAUUUAGAGGAUGGAGAUCUUGUACUCUUGAAUCGCCGACCCAGUCUUCACAAAAUGUCUAUCAUGGGGCACAAAAUCAAAAUCUUGCCUUAUUCUACGUUCAGGCUUAACAUGUUGGUAACUAAACCAUAUAAUGUAAAUUUUGAUGGGGAUGAAAUGGAUAUGCAUGUUCCUCAGUCAUUUGAAACCAGGACAGAGGUGUUGGAGCUCAUGAUGGUGCCUAAAUGCAUUGUGUCACCUCAAUCAAAUAGGCCAGUAAUGGAUAUUGUCCAAGAUACACUUUUAGGAUGCAGAAAAAUCACCAAGAGAGAUACCUUCAUCACGAAGGAUGUUUUUAUGAACAUUCUGAUGUGGUGGGAGGAUUUUGACGGGAAAGUUCCUGCUCCAGCAAUAUUGAAGCCAGAGCCAUUGUGGACUGGAAAACAAGUUUUGAAUCUUAUCAUUCCCAAACAAAUAAAUUUAACUGGGUAUUCUAGCUGGCAUGAUCAUAUGGAAAGUGGUUCAUCAAUAAGCCCUGGGGAUACUGUGGUCCGAAUUGAAAAAGGGGAACUACUUACUGGAACUCUUUGCAAAGAGACACUUGGAACAUUUACUGGACGUCUCGUUCAUGCCAUUUGGGUAGAUGUUGGUCCUGAUGCAUCUCGUAAAUUUCUUGGUCAUAUUCAGUGGCUUGUAAACUACUGGCUUCUGCAGAAUUCUUUCAGCAUUGGAAUCGGUGAUACAAUAGCUGAUGCAUCAACUAUGGAGUUUUUUAAUAGGAAUAUUUCAGAGGCAAAGAAGAAAGUAAAAUACUUGAUCAGGGAUGCUCAAGAACAGAAGUUGGAAGCUAAACCUGGAUCGACAAUGAUGGAUACACAUACACUCGAGAAGAAAGUGAUUGAUGUGCUGAUACAAGCUCAUGAAGAUGCCAUAGAAAAAGUGAAGAUGAGUUUAUCUGAGAGCAAUAAUCUGAAAGCAAUGGUGACAGCUGGUUCCAAAGGAAGUUUUAUCAACAUAUCUCAGAUGACUGCUUGUCUUGGUCAACAGAAUGUUGAGGGCAAGCGAAUUCCAUUUGGGUUUACAGAUAGGACAUUGCCGCAUUUUGUAAAAGACGAUUAUGGGACUGAAAGCCGAGGCUUUGUGGAGAACUCAUAUCUCCAUGGGCUAAGCCCGCAAGAUUUCUUUUUCCAUGCCAUGGGAAGUAGGGAAGGAUUUAUUGAUAAUGCAGUGAGGGUAUAUGAAACUGGAUACAUCCAGAGGCAGCUUGUGAAGGCUUUGGAGGAUAUCAUGGUCAAAUAUGAUGGAACUGUUAGGAACUCUUUAGGAGAUGUCAUACAAUUUCUCUAUGGAGAAGAUGGUAUGGAUGCUGUUUGGAUUGAAACACAGAAUCUUGAUUCCCUGAAAAUGAAAAAGUCAGACUUCAAUAGGACCUUUAGGUAUGAGUUUGAUAAUGAGAACUGGAAUCCUAGUUACAUGCUUGAAGGGCCCAUUGAAGAAUUGAAAACCAGCAUAGAGCUUCGUACUGCACUUGAAGCUGAAGUUUUAAAGCUUGCGUGUGAUAGAUGUCAACUUGCAACUGAGAUUACUUGUAACAGUUCUCUACCACUGCCUGUUAACCUUAAGAGGCUUAUCAGGAAUGCUCAGAAGGCUUUCAAGAUUGACUUUCAGAAACCUUCUGAUAUGCACCCACUGGAAAUUCUAGAAGCUGUUGAUAGGCUGCAGGAGAGACUCAAGGUUGUUCCUGGUAAUGAUCUUGUGAGUCAAGAAGCACAGAAGAAUGCUACUCUCCUAUUCAAUAUCCUGUUGCGCAGUACUCUAGCCAGUAAAAGGAUUCUGCAGGAAUAUAGGCUUUCCCGUGAGGCAUUUGAGUGGGUAGUGGGAGAGAUAGAAUCAAGGUUCCAGCAGUCACUUGUAACUGCUGGGGAAAUGACUGGUUGUGUGGCAGCACAAUCAAUUGGUGAUCUUGCUACUAAAUUGACUCUCGAAACAUUCCAUUAUGUUGGUUUAGGUGCUAAGAAUGUUACACUUGGCGUUCCCAGGUUAAGGGAAAUCAUUAAAACAGCUAGGAGAAUUCAAACGCCUUCCUUGUCUGUGCAUUUGAACCCUGGGUCAGGUGUAACUUCGGAAAAUGUUAAGAGAGUGCAGUGUGAUUUAGAGCAUACUACUCUUAGGAGAGUGACCCACACUGCAGAGGUGUGGUACGAUCCAGAACCAAUGAGUACGAUAAUUGAAGAAGAUGUUGAUUUUGUGAAGUCCCACUUUGAAACGCCUGAUGAAGAAGUUGCUCUCGAAGGAAUCUCACCUUGGUUGCUUCGCAUAGAACUGGACCGUGAGAUGAUGGUGGAUAAGAAGUUGAGUAUGGCUGGCAUUGCUGAGAAGAUCAACCUUAUGUUUAAUGGUGAUUUGGAAUGUAUUUUCAAUGAUGACACUGCUGAAAAACUUGUACUUCGUUUCCGAAUUAUGAAUAAUGAAGCUCACCCAGGAGAGAUACAGGAUGGUUCUGCUGACAGCGUUUUCUUAAAGAUAAUAGGAAGCAACAUGCUGAGUGAAAUGACCUUACGUGGCAUCCCAGGCAUCAACAAGGUUUUCAUGAAAGCCAUUGAUGUUCAGAAGUUUAACGAAGAAGACGGUUUCCAGAAUCAUAAGGAAUGGAUGCUUGAAACUGAAGGUGUCAACCUGUUGGCUGUAAUGUGCCAUGAACAUGUUGAUGCAGCAAGGACUACAAGCAACCACUUAAUUGAAAUUAUUAAAGUCCUUGGAAUUGAGGCAGUUCGGCGUGCUCUCCUGGAUGAAUUGCGGGCUGUCAUGUCUUUUGAUGGAUUUUAUGUCAAUUACAGGCAUUUGGCGUUGCUGUGUGAUACAAUGACUUAUCGUGGGCAUUUGAUGGCAAUUACACGCAAUGGUGUCGACCGGAAUGAUGCUGGACCAAUGAUGAGAUUCUCAUUUGAAGAGACAGUCAAUGUUCUCCAUGAUGCUACUGUAUAUGCUGAAACUGAUCACUUGAGGGGUAUCAGGGAAAAUAACAUGUUAGGCCUGCUUGCACCCUUUGGCACUGGACAAUGUGCUCUGUAUCCCAAUCAAGACAUGCUUAAGAAUUCUAAUGAGCUCCAGCUACCUAGUUAAAAUGGAUGGCGUGAUUUUCGCAUUCUUGCGGCACAAAAUCUCCUUUAUAUAAGCGCUACAUCACCAAGUUAUAGUCCUACUUAUCAUAUUUAUUAUUUACAAUAUCAGUUGUGUGCAAAGUAUACUUCAUUGGCAUUUUCUUCAGGUAGCCAUAGUUUGUCUACACAAAUACAUACAG